CCCAGGGCAGGCCCGUAGGUAGCCUCCCGGUCCCGCCCCCUCCACCUGGCAGCCGCACGAGGCUGGAGACUCAAGCCCCUGACGGAAGCCGCUCUCCAGGCGACGGGCAGGUCGCAGGUGCAGUCAACAUGAGUGAGCCUCGAGGGUCAGUCCGAGUCCUAGUGACAGGGGGAUCUGGGCUGGUGGGCAGAGCCAUCCAAGAGGUGGUAGCAGAUGGAGCUGGACUGCCUGGAGAGGACUGGGUGUUCGUCUCCUCCAAGGACGCAGAUCUUACGGACGCUGCACAGACCAGAGCCCUGUUUGAAAAGGUCCGGCCCACACAUGUCAUCCACCUUGCGGCAAUGGUGGGGGGCCUGUUCCGGAAUAUCAAAUACAACCUGGACUUCUGGAGGAAAAACGUGCACAUCAACGACAACGUCCUGCACUCGGCCUUCGAGGUGGGCGUGCGUAAAGUGGUCUCCUGCCUGUCUACCUGUAUCUUCCCGGACAAGACCACCUAUCCUAUCGACGAGACCAUGAUCCACAAUGGGCCGCCGCACAGCAGCAAUUUUGGCUACUCCUAUGCCAAGAGGAUGAUCGACGUGCAGAACAGGGCCUACUUCCAGCAGCACGGCUGCACCUUCACCGCUGUCAUCCCCACUAACGUCUUCGGGCCCCACGACAACUUCAACAUUGAGGACGGCCACGUGCUGCCCGGCCUCAUCCACAAGGUGCACCUGGCCAAGAGCAGCGGCUCCGCCCUGACCGUCUGGGGCACCGGGAGGCCACGGAGGCAGUUCAUCUACUCACGGGACCUGGCCCGUCUCUUUGUUUGGGUCCUGCGGGAGUACAGUGAGGUGGAGCCCAUCAUCCUGUCAGUGGGCGAGGAGGAUGAGGUCUCCAUCCAGGAGGCAGCUGAAGCUGUGGUGGAGGCCAUGGACUUCCAUGGGGAGGUCACCUUUGAUACAACCAAAUCGGAUGGGCAGUUUAAGAAGACGGCCAGUAACGGGAAGCUUCGGACCUACCUGCCCAACUUCCAGUUUACACCCUUCAAGCAGGCUGUGAAGGAGACCUGUGCCUGGUUCACGCAGAACUAUGAGCAGGCCCGGAAGUGAAGCGUGGCGUGUGGGUAGGCGCCGGUUGCCGCCGAGGCCUUGGAGACAGACCCUGCGGGAGUGGAGGGCACUGCCUGGCAAUCUGGGCCCACCUUCUAGUCCUCUGCCAGGGCGGCUCUGGGCAGCUGUGCAGUGGGGCUGCCGUUCUUGUCUGUCCUCAGGGAAACCAAGGGCUGGCCAGGCCUGGCACCUUGCUCCCCGACACCAGUCCUGGGGUCCUGAGUGUGUCCCCUCCUAAUCCUGUUCUCCCACUCCCUGGGAGGUAAUAAAGUCCAUUUUCCCAGG